AUGGGAGCAACCCCCUUCCACCAUUCCAUCCUCGAGGUCUGGCUACCAAAGCACUUUGAAAAGCCGACGGAUAUGAGGUACGAUGGAACUCAAGACCCACAGGAGCAUCUAACGGCCUUCGAGGCCAGAAUGAAUUUGGAGUGGGUAGGCGAUGAAGUCAGGUGUCACGCUUUCCCGGUCACCCUGGCAGGACCUGCAAUACGGUGGUUUAAUAGCCUCCCGCAAGGUUCUAUCGCCAGGUUCUCGGACAUUAGCCGCACUUUCUUGGCCCAAUUCACUACCCAAAUCGUGAAGGUGAAACACCCAAUCAACUUACUCGGGGUGACACAAAGGCCCGGCGAGCCGACCAGAAAAUAUUUGGACCGAUUCAAUGAUGAGUGUUUGGAGAUUGACGGCCUAACCGACUCGGUGGCCACUUUGUGUUUGACGAACAGACUUCUGAAUGAGGAUUUCAGGAAGCAUCUCACCACGAAGUCAGUGUGGACGAUGCAUGAGAUCCAAAGCGUAGCCAUGGAAUAUAUCAACGAUGAAGAAGUCAGUCAAGUCGUGGCUGCCAACAAGCAGCAGCCCUCCUAUAAUCAACCUCGGCAGCACGGUGGCGGAGAAAGGCAGAAGGAGCACGCAAGAAACGGCGGUCCGGGCAAGACAUCCAGGCCGUUUACUAGAGUCGGGAAGUUCACCAAUUACACCCAUCUCACCGUCCCAUCAUAG